GGGCGGGAGGGCUGCUGCGGCGUUGCGUGCGCAGGGGGAUAGGAGGCCGCGCUGAUUCCCUGCCAGGGUUCUCUAUUUUGGGCAGGGGGAUGUUGGCGCAGGCCCUUCUCCCCAGCUCUAGACGUCGCCACUGCCCUCCGUAAGCUUAUCGAAGCAGCGGCUCAAGUGUGACGUCUCCUUUUCCUCCGAGCGCCUAGUCCUGAGCUCGCGCCAUCCCUGCUUCGGAUUUAAACAGCGGGCAGCUGUUCCGGUGCCGGAUAGGGGAGUGCACAUCGGUGCCCUGGACCGCGUAUUUCCCAGCUACUUGUACCCUCGAAAAGACUACGGCCCAGGACCUACGAGGGACGCCGGGACGACGGACCGGAGCUGAGAGCGGGAGCGGGAGCGGGGCCGCUCGGGCGGCCGACGGCGCACGCGCUCGAUGCGCGUCGGGGGCGGGGCUGCGUCGGGGCGGGGCCAGCGCGCGCGGGAAGCGCCCACGGGAGGCCGGCCGGCUCCUCAGCGCCGCGCGUCAUGGCCCUCUCGGUUCCCGGCUACUCGCCCAGUUUCAGGAAGCCUCCCGAGACUUUGCGGCUCCGACGGAAAAGGGUCCGGAGCCUUGAGGCCGCCGCUUCACCCAGGGAGCAGCCCGAGCCGGCGCCCCGCCGCGCCGCUCUGGCCGCCGGGCUGCUCCUCCGCCCCUUCCCGGCGGCUGCAGGCAGAGGCGGCGGCGACCCGGCCGCGGCCCGCAGGAACCCCUUCGCCCGCCUGGACAACCGGCCGCCGGCCGCCGCGGAGCGCCCCGACGGGCCGCCCCGCGGCCAGCAGGAGGCGCAGGACCCGUGUUUAGAUUCUAAUCAAGAAAAUGAUUUGCUCAGGGAAGAGAAGUUCCCCGAAAGAACAGCCGUGGCCGAGUUACUCCAGACUCCACAAGUAUCAUUCUCCAAAUCUGAUAUUCCAUCCUCAGAAAGUACUGAGUUACCUGUGGACUGGAGUAUUAAAACUCGACUCCUUUUCACCUCUUCUCAACCCUUUACCUGGGCAGAUCAUUUGAAAGCACAGGAAGAGGCUCAAGGUAUCAUCCAGCAUUGUAGGGCAACAGAAGUUACUUUGCCUCAAAGUAUACAGGAUCCCAAACUCUCCACUGAGCUCCGAUGUGCCUUCCAGCAGAGCCUUCUCUAUUGGCUCCACCCUGCCUUUCCUUGGCUGCCUCUGUUCCCUCGCAUUGGAGCUGAUCGAAAAAUGACUGGAAAGAUAAGCCCUUGGUCAAAUGACGAAACCUUGCAACACAUUUUAAUGAGCGAUUGUGGCCGCUUCCUUUCUCAGCAGAAGCUGCUCAGAGAAAGUCAGCACCCAGUUACCAAGUCUGUGAGCUUCACUUCUCUAUAUAAUUUGCUGAAGACAAAACUUUGCCCAUAUUUCUACGUUUGUACCUAUCAGUUUACUAUCCUGUUCCGUGCAGCAGGCUUAGCAGGAAAUGAUGUAAUCACAGCUCUCAUGUCUCCAACAACUAGAGGAAUAAGAGAAGCUAUGAAAAAUGAAGGUAUUGAAUUUUCUCUGCCGUUAAUAAAAGAAAAUGGCUAUCAGAAGAAAAAGACAUCUGGAACAAGCUUGGGAAAUGGAGAGGAACAAGUAAUCAGUGAUGAUGAUGAAGAUGAAAGUUUUUCCUGGCUGGAAGAGAUAGGUGUGCAAGACAAAAUUAAAAAACCAGACAUACUCUCUAUCAAGCUACGCAAAGAGAAACAUGAAGUGCAAAUGGACCACAGACCUGAGUCUGUUGUGUUGGUGAAGGGAAUGAACACCCUUACAUUGCUGAAUUUUUUGAUAAACUCUAAGAGUUUAAUUGCAAGCUCAGGCCCACAGGCAGGACUUCCACCAACCCUCUUAUCCCCUGUAGCUUUCCGAGGUGCCACAAUGCAAAUGCUUAAGGCACGAAGUGUAAAUGUGAAGACACAAGCUGUUUCUGGAUACAAAGAUCAAUUUAGUUUGGAGAUUACAGGUCCUGUCAUGCCUCAUUCUCUACAUUCUGUGACCAUGCUACUCAAAUCUUCACAGAAUGGGUCAUUUUCUGCUGGACUGUAUACACAUGAGCCAACUGCUGUAUUUAAUAUCUGCCUGCCAGUGAAUAAAAUACUGGAUAAGGAGACACUUCAGGAGGAGCUUGGUAACUGUGGGUUGCACCCUAAGACUCUGGACCAACUUAGUCAAAUACCAACACUGGGAAAAUCAUCUUUACGGCUUGUGGAAUUGAGUGACUUCGUUUAUAAUUGGAGAUCCUGAACACCAAACUUUGUAAAUUAUAUGCCGGGGAAAAACAUGCCAAUGAUGUGUGACUAGACAUUAAGUACAACUAGGUGCUCUGAUGGAAGGAGGCAGCUGUGGAGGUAAAAACAUACCCCUGGUUCAGUUCCUUAUUUGGUGCAGGCCAUGCAGUGUUGAUGUAUAAAGAGAAAAGUUAGCUGAUGCUUGGAUAUCAACUGCCUUGUUGCUACACACCUAAAAUGACUUUUACUUACUUCCAGGUUCAUCCGCCCCUCUUUUCCAGGCAACACUCCUAAAAAAAAGGGCAACUGUGCAGAGUAUAAUACAAAACCCCAAAUAACCCAGGCUUCCGACUCGGUUUCCAUUGUCUACUAUCUUCAUGUUUCUUUACCCCAUUGUGUAUAUAGUUCACCAAAAAGCUGCUUAAUCUAAUGAGUAUAAUAGUAAACAAUACUCAUCGGGUCAUGUCCAAAUCACUUAAUUCCAGAAAAUAAAGGUUCUUUUAAAUCAAUAACCACUUAAAAAUGUCUUACUGACAUAAUAAUGGUAAAACUCCCAUCUUUUUUCAUCUAAGAAUAUACUGCAACAAACUAAAAAUGAAUAUGGACUAUGUUGGCAUUCCAUGUGGUUUUUAACAUAAAGGAGGGUGUUAGGCUAGUGCAAGGCAAGAAAAACUAUGUGAUCAUUGAAAGUUUUCUAAACACAACAAAGAGACCAUUGACAGUGAAGAUAAAUGAUAAAUUUCCAGCUAAUUUUCCACAUUUUUAUAAAUGUUCAUUCCUUCCUUGAUAUCAGUACCAAAUAUUCUUCUGUAAACAUAUAAACG